UAAUAUAAGUAAUGCUAAUACUACUGUAUGUGUUACUGUAAAAACUGUUACUCAGGAGGGUCAAAGGAUCCAGUCAGAAUCCAAAGAUCAAUUAUUUAUGUUAUUUUAGCUGAAAUGUGUUUUAGUGAGAGACACACCUAAACGCUGUUGUUGUUAUAACGUGUGCCGGGUGAGCUCAGUUAUCACAGAAAACAAUCAGUGAUGAGAAAAUCAGCAGAGGCGGGGGGUAAAAAAGGACGGAGGAAGAAUCUUUACUGAAAUAAAAACGUGCUUUUACGUCGACACCUGUGUGCACAGUCGGGGCUCGCGUGCACGUUCAUGCUUGUGCGGGAAUAUGAAACACACAUGAGUUAAAGAUCAGACCACAUUAAUGGAAACAGAGAGACACAAACACGUGUUCCUUCAUCAGAACUCCAGUGAAUGCAUUCGAAAUAAAAACAAGCAGGUAGAAGGAGAACAUUUGUUAUAUUCAGUCUGGCUCAGGGGGAACUGUGCUGCUGUUGACCGGAGGAGAGGAGGAAGGCAUGCUAGGAGGCAGACAGAGAGAACGUGAGCUAAAGAAGGAUUAUUUUGAACUUUGACUGAUGCAAAGCUGUUCUUGCAGGAUAUAAAUAUGGAGCUGCAGGCAAAGGUCUUCUUUAAGACCCUGAAUGAGAAGAAACAGGUGAAGCUGAGCCUCGUGGUGUGUUCAGAGUGGGCGUGUGAGGGAGCGCAGCUGGAGACACGCCGGUGUUGGAGCGUCAUGUGUGCAUAGCUGCUCUCUGAUUGGACUCUUGUCUCUGCUGACUCGGUCUGAUGUUGCGGCACAGUAAGCUGCAGAAGCAGGUCCUCGCUCUGUACCGGCAGUUCCUGCGAGCCGGGCAGGACAAACCGGGCUUCCUCCCCCGAAUCCGCGACGAGUUCCGAGAGAACUCCCGCAUCAAGAAGACGGACGUGAUGCACAUUGAGUAUUUAUACCGACGGGGCCAGCGGCAGCUGGAGCAGCUGAGGAACGCCAACACCAAACAGCUGGGCUCCUUCUCCAAACCCAAAGAGCGCGGCUGAAACCGCGUGACCUCCGAAAGACGCCGGCACCGUCAAACUGCUGCCAUUGUGCUCAGGAGACGAGCUGUGAAGGUCGCAGCAGCGAUACAAGCUGCCGUGAAACAAAUGUUGACAGUAAUGAAUUUAUCUGCUGUCUGGAACAAUAAAAUGUGUCUGUGAGGCUUCAUGUCUCCCUCUGAAA